AUGUGCUCAUCCUGUAUUCACUCUCAUCCCGUAGUCACUCUCUGGAAGGAGAAGGAGCUCCGGGAACAAAUCGACGCUCUGAUCGAACGCCAACUGCAGGACCAGCAGAAACUCGCUGAGAUCGCGGCGGAAUCUAAGUCGUGGAGCUCCAAGUUCGAGGACGGCCAGCUAAAGGCCGCGGAGACUCAGGCGAACGUGUUCUCCCUUACAGCGCAGUUGAAAGACGCUCAGGAGGCGGUGGAAUCAUGCCGAGUUAAGCUGAUGGAAGAGGAGGCCGCCUGCGCAGAGGCGAAGCGGGCGAGGGCAGAAGCCGAGGGCGAGCUCGCGCGGACUCAGAAUCAGCUGGAAGCCGCGGAGACCGGCCGGAAGAGCUUGCAAGGCUGUGCGGAAGAGGUUAAGCUCCUGUCCGCGGAGCUUCAGGAGCGCAAGGCGACCUCGUCCCGGACGAGCAAGGGUCUCGAGCAAGCCCUGUCGGACCUCGAGCAGGAGAGGGUCGCUAGGCGGCGGGUGGCGGAGGAGCUGUCGAAGCUCGAGGGCGAGGUCGGGGUGCUUCGAUCCGAGGAAAAGCGCGUGAAGAACCUACUGGAGGAGGCCGCAGCGUCCGGUACAGCCGCGAAAGCUGACUUGAGCCGAGUAACCGUGGAGCUGGAAGAGAGCCAGAAAACGACCCGCGCUCUCCAAGCAGAGAAAGCGAAGCAGAAGGCGCUAGUCCUGAACAAGGAGCUGAUGGAGCUGAUGCAGUACCUGGACGUCCCGGUGGGCAACAUUUUGGCCGACAGCCAGGGCGCACCCAGCCUGGGCGACCCGAGCGUUGACGACGCCAUAGCUAACGGCGGCUGCGGCAGUCACGGCAGCCCCGACCCUAACGGAAACGCCUCCGGCCACGGCUUGCGGCCAGCCGACGGCAACAACAGCGGGACCGAAAGCCCUGCACACUCGUUGGGGAACGAAAUGGACGAAGUGGAGCGCUUGGACGCGACUCAGGUAAGCCCCUCUGCCACGGGCGCUGCCGCUGCCGGCGGCGGCGGCAAGGGCAACGGCCCAUCGUCCGGUGCCACCGGUGCUGAAGGGGACGGGACUGCCGACGGGGGGCCAAGUGAGGAGGACGGAGGUGUGGCAGCUGAUGCUGGUGCCGGUGGGGCGGGCGUAGAUGAGCAAGGUGACGACGAGGACACCGACGAGGACACCGACGAGGACAACACCCGGGGGGAUGAAAGGGGCAGCAAGGAGGCACCCAAGGCGCGCGCGCAGCUGAACGGAACGGCGGAAGUCUGCGCGGACGAGGACCAGACGGCGGGGAGGGUCGACGGGGACGACAGCACUCGGGAUGAGGGAAACGAAAACGACGAGGAGCAAGGGCAACUGUUGCUGGGCAUGGAGAGAGAGAGCGGCAACGGCAGCAGCAGCAGCAGCAGCAGCGGGGCGAGCACCUUCGGCAGGCAGCCCCUGCCUCAGCCGGCCUCCCUGCUGCCGCCCUCGGCGGCGGACGAUCCUUCUGCCGGGCAAGAAGUAAGCCUGUCGGGGCCCGCGGCGGCGGCGCCUCACGGCGCGGUGAGGCUGGACCAAGGCUUCGGAGACGAAGACGAGACGGAGUUUUCGGUUCCUCCGCUUGACUUCGGCCGCGGCACUAGGGGAGGCCCCGCGGAAGGGGUGGGCCAGGCCGGCGGAGGCGGCGGUACCCUCGUGUCGACCGCUCCGCGCGAAGAUAACGGGGUCGCCGAGCAAGAAACCGAGCUGCUCACGGUGUCAGAGCUGGAGCAGCAGAUGAGCAAGGUGGAGGAUGCGUCGCCCGUUGGCAAGGAGCAGGAUGGUGGUCGAAAACGCCUGAGAGACGAAGAGCCUGAUGUCGGAGUGGAAGAGCGGCUGCUCUCGUCAGAACGAGACAACUUAGGGGCGCCCGCGGACAAGAAAGCUCGGGUGCAGGGAGGGGGUGAUGAGGAUUCUUCAGACGGCCGGGAAGAGCAGAACCAGCGGCACGCGAGGAGCGGGAGCUAUGCCGUAGACCAGCUCGCGGACAUCGCCGCCGCGCACCACUCCUCUAUGGCAAGCGUUGCGGGCGCCGGGGCUGGCGACGGAGGACUUCUCGGAGACGGAGACGGUGCAUCCCCGUCGGAGGUGAGACGAAUACCGCGGAGAGAUGGCGACGGCGACGACGAUGCAGGACGAGAGAUGGACGAAGACGCCUGUGGGAGCGUGGAGGAGGAGGAGGAUGAGGAGGAGGAGGCAGGGGAGGAGGACAACUUCGCACGCGACGUGGACGACGAUGAUAGCGACGAGACUUCCGAUGAGAAGGGGUACUGAUGCACUGUGUUGGGGAAGCUGGCUGUACUUGGCUUUUCAAGAGCGAAAGCGGAGCGUGCGACACCUCCGAUAGACAUCGCGGGCGGCGGUGUUGUUUUCGCGUCGCGUCGUGCUCUCAAAUACCCGGGAAAUAUAUAAUGAGGCAAGAAGGGGAUUGAUCCACUGCUGUAGUAGGCUAUUGAAGAGUGGAAUGGUUCGAGGAGAGCGUGUGCGGCGAAAAUUGUACGUGCUCUUUCUUGGUUCAAGAGAACUGCAAUGGGUUAGACGUGAUUUUUUCCGAGGAUUGCCGACACGUUCUUUUGCGCAUGUUAUCCAGCGGGUUUUUCUCUCCCUGUGUUUAAUGAGCGUUCGACAUGUCGGCGUGUUUGAUAUGACCUCUGGUGCAGCAUCGGUGUGUAGAAAUUUUACUUCGGUUUCAGGUGUUUUUAUUAUAAGCACGAAUCCGUGCCACAAAUUGAUUCUCGGUCGAGUUACCACAGAAUUUUGCCCUGUAUACCCCGAUGGGGUGGUACCCAAGCUUUUGGUGGCGGCGCCGCCCUAGGGCUGUUGCAUUGUAUCAACUUCCUUUGCUCCAAUGUGCUUGGUCGUCUAGGCCGUCCGGAUGUGGUAGUUGGAGUCUUCUAACGGGCGGUGUGUGAAAGCAUGUCUCCUUCUGGGCUCGGGGGGUGGGUUUGAUUGUCCCUUUAGUAUCCGAAAAUUGCGAUCCGAGUCUUUGUGGGAGCGCGGGGUAUGCGGCGCGCCUUGUUGGUCAAUACAGUAGACAACGCUUGAGGCACGCCUGGUGCCGAUAUUGGGGACGCUUGCACGAGUUGUUGGACUUAUCUCCAUGUGGAGAUGAUUUUGUGCACACGACUGCUUUUUUUUAUUUUCCGUGGUCUGUAUAUUUUCUCGGUGUAAAUUGACUGCGCAUUUUUUUUUUUUUAUCACGCGAGAUUCACUCUGCGGCAUCCUCCGAGUAUGACGGUCAUGACUGCCUGUAGCUUUCACAACGCCAGCACCAACCACAACUACAUGAAUGUGUGAGGUCACACACACGUCGCCAAGCUUAUGAAUUUUGGCCUUCGGCAUGGCACGGCUUUCCGCGAUU